AAAAUUAGAAGAAGAAGACUAACCAUUUCAAUAAUUCAGUCUUAUUUAGUAAUUGUAAAUAUAUAAAAUGAGACACGCAAAAUUUAUAGCAAGAACAAUAUUUGUCCAAAACAACGAUGUGGAUGCUGCAUGUCGAGUUUUGAAUAGAAUAUUGGGCAGAGAGGAUAUUUUAGAUCAGUUUAGAAGAACUCGGUAUUUUGAAAAACCUUACCAGUUUCGGAGGAGGAUAAACUUUGAAAAGUGUAAGGCUAUUUACAAUGAAGAUAUGGAUAGAAAAAUACAAUUCGUGCUGAGGAAGAAUAGAACCGAUCCAUUCCCUGGUUCCAUUUAAUUUGUAUUUAUUAAUGUUAGUGUAAUAAAUUGUUUUAGUCGUUAA